CAUAGCUGCAGAACGAUCGAGAACAGCCGGCGCUGUAACGCUCUCUCAGUGAUCGGUAAACACCGUGGUUGUAUUGGUAAACACAACAAGCUCUUAACCGUGUUCUCCCUCCGCCACGGAAUAUCUCUCCGGUUCUUUUUCUGUCUCUCGUUGAACAAAGAGAAAGUGACAGCUCCGCAUCUCCCGGACCACCCGGACCGGAUCCUCGGGUCGCAUUCACACCUGAUAGUCCGCUUCUUUGCACCAGACAUGUCAGAUAUCUCAAAGGAACAGUGGAAUGUUAAUCUGAACGACAUCCUGGAGGGUCUGUUGAGACCACAGUAUGAACAAAUGAAGGAACGUCUGAGGGGCUUCCCUCAGGACCUGAAGGAGGGCACGUCCAGUGCAAAGAUGCCUGAAACACUCAUUGAGUUCUACGGGACAGAAGGGUCUAUCUUGGAGAUGGAGAGGGUGAUGAAAGAGAUCCAGAUGAAACAUAUCUAUAUCCUGAGUCUGCUGACACCCUUCGUUCAGCAAGUGAGGAUCAACCAGCAGCAGGAGAAGAAGAGGAGACGUGAGGAGGAGCCGGAGGAGGGAAGCAGCACUGCAGCAGAUCAGCUGAAGAGCAGUCCACCUGGCAAGAAGCUGAAGGCGAGUGACUCCCAGGAGGGGAAUGCUCCAUGGAAGAAGUCCAUCCUUGAUCUGAAAUCCAGUGGAAUUCUUUCUAAAGAAGCAAUUGUUGCGAAGGUUGUUAAAAAAUCCGACCUGCGUAAGUACGACACCCAGACAAAGAAAGGAAGGUUUUGUUUUUAUCUGGGCGUCGCUGACGAGACGGGCAGCAUCAAACUGAUGGUGUACGGAAAAGAUCUCCAUAGUCAAAUCAAAGAGGGGAGCUCCUACAACUUCAGGAACAUCAUAAAAGACGAGGGAUAUGUGAAAGUUAACUCGGCGAGCAAAGUGUCCAUCACUAAACCCGUCACCGUCCCGGAGGAGCUCCAGAGGGAGGCUGGGAGACUGGUUUUCCCAGAGAGUCAGCUCCUAUCCCUUAAAGAUGUCAAGUCCUCUCGUCCCCAGACAGACGUAAGCGUGGAAGGGACCGUCACCGAGAUUGAACCCGUGGUCAAAACGAAGGUGCAUCACAAGGAGAAGAAGACCAAUAAGCAAACGUUCAGACUGAGACAGGCAGCUGAGGAAAUCAGCGUCAGCAUGUGGGACGAGGCCGUCAAGCUGAGCAGAGACGUUUCAGUGGGAGACGUCUUUCGUCUUACCAACAUGAAGACCAAGGAGUACUACGGGGAAGUCUCUCUCAACUCAACUAAAUUCACCAGACUCACCAAGGUUCACAGUGUCGGCGUCCAGGAAGUGACCCUCCAGAUUACAGGGAUCAAGAAAGCCACGCUGAAGGAGACUCAGUUGGAGGUGGAUCUAUCCAAGAAGCUGCAGACGCUCAUCGUGGCUUCUCGAGUUCUGGCGAAAGCGCUCAACCUCCAGCUGAAGAAAGGCUUCGACGAUAACAUCCUGAAAAGAAUUCCCCUCACAGUAAAUGCUGGAAUACAAGGAAACAGAAUCAUCAGAAUAACGGUGUAAUGGGGAAUAUUAUACUGACUUACUUUAACAUCAUUGUGAGAUUCUUAUUUUCUAAUGUCUAUCUCUACUGGCUUUCUUUUCUUUUACUGAAUGCUCCUUUCAUUAUCACCAAGCUUGACCCCCCCCUUUCCCCUCUCUGUGUUUAAGUCUGCAACCCAAACCCAUUCUUGGUCUUUCACUCUGCAGACAGUCUGCUCUCUGUAUGACUGAAUGAACUUUCUUGCAAGAAAUAAAAUACCUAAGACA